UUGCUGUGGUCCAAUGAGGUCCGUGGUUAUGGAGCUGAUUCCUAUGGAGAGCAAAGCAUACGCAUUGGUCUUAUCACAGAUGAUCCCACGGACAGAGUACAGCAGACAUUUGAACAUGCCAUAUCCGUGGUCAAUAGUGAUCUUAGUAUUCCUCUGGUGGGUGAAACGGAGAAAGUGGCUUAUGGAAAUUCUGUGCAGGCUUUUUCCCAGCUGUGCAGCCUCAUGCAGAAUGGUGUGGGAGCUGUUUUUGGACCCGCUGCCAGACAUACUGCGGCUCAUUUGCUCAAUGCUUGCGAUGGCAAGGAUAUACCCUUUAUCUAUCCUCAUCUCUCAUGGAGUCCCCAGACGGAUGGCUUCAACUUGCAUCCGCAUCCAGAGGAUAUUUCCCAUGCUCUCUACGAUAUCAUCAACAACUUUGAAUGGUCACGUUUUAUUUUCUGUUAUGAAUCCUCUGAAUACCUGACUAUAUUAGACCAUCUGGUGACACUAUAUGGCACCAAAAGUCCCGUCAUCAAGGUCAUGCGUUAUGAUCUUAAUCUCAAUGGCAACUAUAAGUCAGUUCUUCGACGCAUUCGCAAAUCGGAGGACAGUCGCAUUGUGGUUGUGGGAUCCACAGAAGGUGUCGCCGAACUUCUGCGUCAGGCCCAACAAGUGGGGAUUAUGAAUGAGGAUUACACAUAUCUGGUAGGAAACUUGGAUCUACAUACCUAUGAGUUAGAGGAGUACAAAUAUAGCGAGGUUAACAUAACUGGAAUACGCAUGUUCGAUCCAGAUAAAAAGGAAGUGCGCGAUUUAAUUGACACUCUUAAUCAUGAAUUGGGUGAAAUUGAAACUUUAGAUUUUGGUUCCUCACCAAUUACUUUGCAAAUGGCUCUCACUUACGAUGCGGUGCGUGUUAUUGCCGAAACCACCAACAAUUUGCCAUAUCAACCACAGCAAUUAAACUGCUCCGAACGUCACGACAAUGUGCAACGAGAUGGAUCCACUUUCCGGAAUUAUAUGCGAACGAUGGAAAUCGUGGAGAAAACCAUAACAGGCCGCAUUUAUUUUCAGGGCAAUGUGCGCAAAGGAUUUAGCUUCGAUGUGAUUGAGCUACAACCUAAAGGCCUAGUCAAGGUGGGAACUUGGGAGGAGGGCAAAAAGUUUGAAUUUCAACGACCACCACAAAUAACUCAAAUAAUUGACAGUGAAGAAAACUCAUUAGUUAAUAAAACCUUCAAGGUGUUAAUCUCUGUGCCAAAUAAACCCUAUGCUAGCUUGGUGGAAAGCAUUAACACUUUAGUUGGCAAUAAUCAAUUUGAGGGCUAUGGCGUAGAUCUGAUUAAGGAGCUUGCUGAAAAACUUGGCUUUGACUAUAUCUUUCGCAAUGGUGGCAAUGAUUAUGGUUCUUUCAACAAGACCACGAAUUUAACAACUGGCUAUUUAAAGGAAAUUGUUGAAGGUCGGGCAGACUUGGCAAUAUCGGACUUAACUAUCACAUCGGAGCGAGAGGAAGUCAUAGACUUUUCUAUACCAUUUAUGAAUUUAGGUAUUGCCAUUCUCUAUAUAACGCCUAAAAAGGCAGAGCCAAAGAUCUUCUCCUUUAUGGACCCCUUUUCGCCAGAAGUGUGGGCUUAUCUGGGUAUUGCAUAUCUGGGUGUCUCCCUCUGUCUCUUUGUGCUGGGUCGUCUUUCACCUGCCGAAUGGGAUAAUCCCUACCCCUGUAUUGAAGAACCGGAAGAGUUAGAGAAUCAAUUCACCAUAAAUAAUUCUCUAUGGUUUGCUACUGGGGCGUUACUCCAACAAGGCUCCGAAAUUGCGCCCAAAGCUCUAAGUACUCGGACAAUAUCGGCUAUUUGGUGGUUCUUUACAUUGAUCAUGGUAUCCUCAUAUACUGCCAACUUGGCCGCUUUUCUGACCAUCGAGAACCCAACGAGUUCCAUAGACAGCGUUAAGGAUUUGGCUGAUAACGUUGAUGACGUACAAUAUGGAGCGAAGAAAUCGGGAUCUACCAGAAACUUUUUCUUAACUUCUGAAGAACCAAUUUAUAUAAAGAUGAAUGAAUAUAUGACCAGAAAUGCAAAAAAUUUACCAGAAUCUAAUCAGAUGGGCGUCGAGAUGGUUAACGAAAAGUAUGCAUUUUUAAUGGAGUCAACAUCUAUUGAGUAUCAUACGGUAAGACAGUGCAAUCUAAAGAAAAUUGGCGACGCUCUCGAUGAGAAAGGCUACGGCAUCGCCAUGCCCAAAAAUUGGCCAUAUCGGGAUAAGUUCAACAAUGCUUUAUUGGAAUUACAGGAACAAGGCGUCUUGGCCAGAUUAAAGAACAAAUGGUGGAAUGAAAUAGGAGCCGGUGUUUGUGGUGGCAAAAGCGACGACGAUGACAAUUCGGAACUUGGCAUGGAAAAUUUAAGUGGCAUUUAUGCUGUUCUUGUUGUUGGUUCCUGCUUAGCAUUUAUCCUUUCCUUUGCCUAUUGGUGCUUAUUUGUCUACAGAAAAGCCAAAUUCUAUGAGGUUCCUUUCUGUGAUGCACUUUCUGAGGAGUUUAAAAUUGUCAUAAGUUUUGCGGAGAAUGAACGUGCCUUGAAGAGCGCUCAGUCUGUUUACUCUCACAGUCGCAACUCUUCACAAUCCAUAGAAUCGCUCGAAACAGAUUCGGAAAACAAUGUACCGGAGGACGAUUAAGUUUAAAAAACAAGUCUGAAAGGCUAUAGUCGAGAUCCUGACCAUGGAAUACGCGUGACUUAUUUCAAAAUAUACUGAAGUACUUUAUAGAAAUUACUACCUAAUAAAAACUACUGCAUACUUUU